AGGCAAUAUAUGUUAUCUCAACUUGCUAGAGUCUAGCUUUCUCCGGGUAUGUUCGUACAACCAUAUUUAGACUCUUAAACGGCAGUGAGUGUUACUGUACCGCCUUCUUGACAGUUGACAGCGACACACCGACACCGCACCGGAUCCUCUUAGCCUGCGCCGGGGACUGCGUAUCGUGCGCCGGUGCAAUGUCUAGGAGGAGGAUGGGCUCGUCUUCGCCGCCGUCUUCACCCUCAUCCUGCUCCCUCCUCGACCGCCCAAUUCUCUCCACGCUCGCUCUCCUUCUCCUCUCUCUAGCUUUGCUUUCUGCUACUGCACCUACUACUUCCGCCGUCUUCGCAUUUGCGCUCUCCGAAUCAGAUCAGCUGCUGGAUGUCGACGGCGGCGCUGCUAAUGCCUCUGAAUUCAACUCCUCCAGCAACGGACCCCACUCUCGCCCCAAGGAGGAUAGCUUUGCUGACAUGAUCGAUCGAGCUCUCGAGAAGGAAUUCAAUGAGACUGAUCCGAACGAAGCUAAUGAUGCAGGCAGCUUCAAUAAUACUGUUUCAGAGCAGCAGGCAGUGUUGGAGACUGUGGCUAGAGUUAAGUCCAAGAAAAAUGACACCAAAAAGGAGGAAAAGUCUUUUCAACUUCACCAUGUCUUUAACCUUGAUAAUGACCAUGGAGCAGAAGAGACGCCAACAUUGAUUGAUAGAAAGGACAAUGUCUUUAUCAUAUCUAGUUUCAAGUCAAAGUAUCCAGUGCUACAAUUGGACUUGAGGUUGAUAUCAGAUCUGGUUGUUGUCAUUGUUGCUGCGACUUGUGGUGGAAUUGCUUUUGCUUGUGCUGGACAGCCAGUUAUAACUGGAUACUUACUAGCAGGAUCCAUUGUUGGACCUGGAGGGUUUAAUGUUGUUAGUGAAAUUGUGCAAGUAGAGACUGUUGCUCAGUUUGGUGUGAUUUUUCUUCUUUUUGCUUUGGGGCUGGAGUUUUCCACAACAAAGCUCCGAGUUGUUCGAGCAGUAGCUGUUCUUGGAGGCCUGCUUCAGAUUCUCCUGUUUAUGUGUCUUUGUGGAAUUACAGCUUCGUUGUGUGGUGGGAAACCUUCGGAGGGUGUUUUUGUUGGGGCUUUUCUCUCAAUGUCUUCAACAGCGGUGGUUUUGAAAUUCUUGAUGGAAAAGAACAGUACCAACACUCUUCAUGGCCAAGUUACCAUUGGCACUCUUAUUCUUCAGGAUUGUGCCGUGGGUCUUCUGUUUGCACUACUUCCAGUACUAGGAGGAACAUCUGGUGUACUGCAAGGAGUGAUGUCCAUGACAAAGUCGUCGGUGAUGUUGUUCACAUUCUUAGCCGUUCUGUCAAUAUUGUCUCGGACAUGUGUGCCUUGGUUCCUGAAACUGAUGGUUAGCUUAUCGUCACAGACCAAUGAACUUUAUCAACUGGCAGCUGUAGCAUUUUGCCUCCUUGUUGCUUGGUGUAGUGACAAGCUGGGUCUCAGCUUAGAAUUGGGUUCAUUUGCUGCUGGGGUGAUGAUAUCAACUACCGAUCUUGCUCAACAUACAUUAGAACAAGUUGAACCCAUACGAAACUUCUUUGCUGCUUUGUUUCUUGCUAGCAUCGGGAUGCUGAUACACGUUCAUUUCCUCUGGAACCAUGUUGAUAUAUUACUAGCAUCAGUUAUACUAGUGAUUGUUGUUAAAACUGCUGUAAUUGUUACAGUUGUCAAGGGAUUUGGCUACAACAACAAAACUGCGCUUCUGGUUGGGAUGUCUUUAGCACAAAUAGGGGAAUUUGCUUUUGUGUUACUCAGUCGUGCAUCAAAUCUUCAUCUUGUAGAGGGGAAACUGUAUCUUCUGCUUCUUGGUACAACAGCUCUUAGUCUGGUGACUACUCCAUUGCUUUUUAAGCUAAUACCUGCUGUGGUGCACCUUGGGGUGCUGCUUAGGUGGUUUUCACCUGACAGCCAAACUGAGUUGGGGUUAAAAGGAGAAAGCCUCCGAUCAGAGAGUGUUAAGCAGAGGAUUGCCUUGAUAUCCAAGGAUCUCUUGAUUCACGAGGGGUAAACUAGUGAAGCUAGAUGCCACGUAUCCCCGGGGACAACAAAAAGGCUACAUUCCCAGCUGAAUUUUUAGCAUAUGCACGUGAGAUUCCUGCUCAAUUCAACGAAGCUUUACGUUGUGCUAUAUUAGAGAGAAGGGAGUGGCAACAACCUCUGAAAAUGGGAAACCAGAAUUGGAGGUUUUCUAACUCUGACAAAACCACUAACAGGAUGAAGCAUUCGCAUUUAACCAAGGUAAUUUUGAUUUUUCUUUUUCCUCUUGUGAUUCUUUUUCAUUUUUUGCUAGUGUAAAAUAGUUUCUGGUUUGUGAUGUGUAGUGAAAUUUGUUCAACCGCAUUUGGUUAUGUAUGUUUGUUCUGUAGAUCCUAGAAUGUAACAAAAACAUUUUCUAGCCUGUUACUCGAUGUCAAUUGUAUAGAAAUGCCAUUUCUCAGUACUUUCUCUUCUUGAAAA